CUUUGCAUCCCACCAUCUUCCGCCGUGCCAUGCGGCAUUUCCCUCGGCUGCGCAGUGGACACGGUAGCUACGGACGUAGUUUCAGCAGCAGGGAACUCCUCUACGAAGGCCUUCGCCUGCAACGUCGGGGCGACGCCGCGGGCGCGCUGCAGCGCUUCGGCUCCGCGGGCGGAGGGCCGGAGCCGCCGCAGGUUGCGCAAGCGGCGCACAAUGCCGCUGGCCUGUUGCUGCGCCGAAGCAACGGCGUGACCGGAGUGACCGACGCGUCGGGAAGUUGCGCGCGAUGUGAGCGAGGCGAGCGGGUGCUGGCCCCCUGGGCUGAAGAUGGCUUCGACUAUGAAGCCACCGUGGAGGCAGUGGAUGAGGCGGCGGGUCUCUGCACGGUCGCCUGGGCCGAUGGCGGCGAGACCUGCCGGGUGGUGCCCUGUGCCGCAGUGACCAGCCUCGAUGGGCGACCAUGUUUUUUCCAAACUGGCGGCGAGCAGCGGCUCUGGGCAGCCAGGCGCUUUCUGCGGCGUGCCUUGCUGGACUGGCAGCAGCAAGCGGAGGCUGGGGUGGCGCACGAUGCCUUCGUGGACUUCGCAGGCGUUGCAGCAGAUCUGGCGGCCGCAGAACUCCGGGUGGCGCUAUCCACGUCGUUUUCGACGUGGCCGGGGAUGGAGCUGGCGCAAAGCUUGCUUCGCCGCGGCGCCUUCACCGCGGAGCGCGCCUACGCGCCGGACCCGCGGGCGCUGGCGGCGCUCUUCAGCGCCAAGGCUGAAGCGAUGCGUUUCGAGACAGGCGUUGACCUCAAAGAACUCCAGAGACUCCACCUGCGCGUGCGCGACCACCUGCAUGCUGCGACCUGGAAGAGGGAGCCUCACUGGGUGAGCUUUGGUGGAACGUUGAGAUGGGAGACCUUACACCAGGUGAUGUGGGCCAAAGCUUUAGUCCACGUUGCCGUCUUCGCGGAUCGGGAGGUGGGGCGCGCUCCCAAAGCUUCAGUUGGCCGCAAUCUUCCCCGCCACGGCCGCGCCGCGAAGCGGCGCCGCCGUGGGGCGGUCGCUGGGAUGUCACCGGUACGGCGGAGUGUCUGGGCCCUGCCGGAGAAGCUGCUCCCGGCCCCGCGCGGCUUGCCACGGGGCCCGGAUCCGCUGCUGGCGGUGCGGUGCUGUGCGCGGCAGGGCGUGCUGCGAGCCUGGCGCGCCCUGCUGUGGGCGGCGGGACGAGACGUGCAGAGCUUCCGGUUGCCCUGGACCUACUCCUGCGACUCUGCUCGAAGCUUGGCCUUGGAGCUGCCAAAGACGCGGAUCCAUAGCGAGCUGAUGCUGGAGGUGGCUGUGUUAGUCUUCGCCAUGGGCUGCAGGUUGGGCCAGGCUUCGCGAAGCCGCAAAGUGGCAUUGCAGCUGCUCAUGGUGGCCCAAAGCCGCGCCUCCGAUGAAACCCUGGAGCUGGUGCAGCAUGGGGUGGAGCUGUUGACGCCGCAGGCUGCGCGGUUUUUGGGGCGAUGGCAGCUGUUAGGCUACCGCCCCCGGGAGGAGCUGUGGCUCCUCCGCCGCCGAAAGCGGUGCAGGAACGAUACCGGCGCCGCGGUAGCGGCGCUGCCGGGGCCACCACCCUGUAGCUGGAUGUUGGAGGGUGUAGCUCUUGCCGAGCUCCUCCCCUGAGCUUCCGCCCGCCGUGAAAA